AUGACGAAGGAAGCAGCGCGCAGCCGGACGCUGGCCGAGCACUGGGCCUCGAUCAAGUGGCCGAUGGUGGGCUUCCAGGGCGCCUGCCAUGUGCUCGCGGCCAUCGGCCUCUUCUACGUGCCAACGUGCCAAUGGAAGACGUGGCUCUUCGCGGCCGUGCUCGCCGAGUUCUCGAUCCUCGGCGUCACCGCAGGCGUCCACCGCCUCUGGACGCACAAGAGCUACCAGGCCCACUGGACCGUGCGCCUCUUCCUUAUGCUCUGCUUUAGCGUCUCCAACCAAGGCGCAAUCGUCGAAUGGGUCCGCGACCACCGCAUUCACCACAAGUACUCGGAGACCGACGCCGACCCGCACACGGCCAGCCGCGGCCUCUUCUUCGCCCAUAUUGGCUGGUUGCUCACGAAGGAGCACCCCAAGUUUACGGAAGCCUGCAAGACGACGUCGUGCGACGAUCUCCUCGACGACUGGGUCGUGCAGUUGCAGCUCGCGGGCUCGCCGUACUCGGACCUCGUCUGCAGCUUUAUCUUUCCGACGCUCGUGGCCUACUAUGGCUGGAACGAAGACGUAUUGCAUGCACUGCUCGUCGCGGGCUUUGUGCGGUACGUCUUCAUCUUGCACUGCACGUGCCUCGUCAACAGCGUCGCCCACUUCUACGGCUCGACGCCAUACGACCCCAACAUCCACCCGACCGAGAACCGGUGGGUCGCGCUCCUCACGGUGGGCGAAGGCUGGCACAACUGGCACCACACGUUCCCGUACGACUACGCCUGCAGCGAGCUCGGCGCGAAAGGCCAGUACAACCCCUCCAAGAUGUUCAUUGACGCGUGCGCCUCGAUCGGGCUCGUCUCGGGCCGGAAGCGCGCGCUCCAUGCAUGGCAGACCAAGCAGCACAAGCUCUACGCCCAGCACGAAGCCAAGCAGUUUUAG